GCUGCGCUCGCUACAACAUGAAUGUAACCGCGUUGUUCGACGUACUUCUUCAGCUAUCCGCGAUUUGCAAUACCUUCGAUGGGAUAGAGAGCGAAGCAUGUCGGAAGCAGUACAAAUCGCUUUGCACCGAAAGUCCGAUGACUCUUAUGAAAAUGGUGGAUUCCGGGUAUCGACUACCCACUGGGAUUAUGAGUGGAAACAUUUUGGAUUUCGGGAAUUUCGAUCAGUGCAUGUCGUUGCAUGAGGAAGAACCUGUACAUGUCUAUGGAAAAUACUGCCUUUCUAAGGUAAGCUACCCACCGUUAACAGUGCUGACCGCAUUGUGCAUUCCGGAUCAAUGCACGAUUCCAGAUCUGAACGACGUGCUGAAUGACACCGGGGUGUCAUUAACUUCAAUCAGUUGUCAGGAUAGUGGUAUAAAGGAGGAGUGGACGACCGGAGAUUGGGUUAUGAUUGGAUUCUUCUGUUUCGUUGCGUUGGUGAUUGUUGCCAGCACGAUUUACGAUAUCGUGAUUUACAACUUUGAUAGAUAUCCAUAUCACGACAGUUUAAUUGUGUUUUCGAUGUUUACGAACUUUAAUAAAUUAACAAAAAUCACAAAGAAUCCUGAACAUAUGCACUGUUUGGAUGGUAUAAGGGCGAUCAGCAUGGCAUGGGUCAUAGCAGGUCACAGGUACGCGAGUUUUGGUUCACCUUUGGUUCCAAUACAUAAUCGCGUGGAUGCAGAAGAAUGGCUCAACAGCACACAGUCUUUCUACAUACAAGGAGCUCGGGUGUCCGUGGACACCUUCUUUUUCCUAUCCGCAUUCCUCGUAUCCUACUUGUUCUUCAAAGGCCUCAAGAAGAAUCCGCUCACCAUCAAAAAAGUUCCAUUGUUCUAUUUGCAUCGUCUCUUAAGAAUCUUUCCGGCGAUGGCCGUCGUCUACUUCGUCCAUCUGACAAUCUUCAAGCACUUCAAUUCCGGUCCGCUUUGGCCAGAGAUGUUCGAUUUCCUGCAGAAAUCCUGCGUGAAGCAUUGGUGGAGUUUUUUCCUUUACGUUCAGAAUUACGUGAACUUCGAGGAUAUGUGCAUCAUCCCGACUUGGUACCUUUCCGCAGAUAUGCAAAUGUUCUUAAUUUCGCCAUUCAUCCUCAUCCCCUUGGGUUAUUUAUACGAAAAGAAGGGAAAAUGGUUUACUUACAUCUGCCUCGCGGUUCUCGUUGUCUUCACUAUUGUCGUUCCACUUCUCGCCAACAUAUACCGCGAUAAUAUUAAGUUCAAUGAAUACGAAACGCACGCAAGAAUCUCCGUCUACAUGAUUGGCAUCUGCUUCGGAUUUUAUUUGUUCGAUACUGAUAAGAAGAAACUCAAAAUUGACACGUCCACUAAUGUUUUCAUUUGGGCUUUGAUGCUUUUCUUAAUGACUCUAAUCAUUGUCGAAUACCCAAGCAUUUACUCCGUGCCCAUUGACAUCUUCAAUUUCGACCUCUUCGUUUCGUUCACUAGGCCCAUCUGGUGUUUUGGUUUAUGUUGGAUAAUUCACUCUUGCAUCACUGGAUCUGGAGGGUUUGUGAAUUGGAUUCUUUCUAAACCACUUUGGCAAAUUUUGGCUAGACUCUCGUACAGCAUGUACUUACUUCAUAUGACCGUACAGAUGAUAUCAUCGGGAGCCAUACAGAAUGCCACUCAUUUCAGCGAUUACAACACGAUGUAUUUGUGGUGUGGAGAUUUCAUGUUCACCGUAUUAGCGUCUAUAUUUUGGGUGCUCGCAUUCGAAUCGCCGAUGAUUGGCAUCGAGAAAUUGAUCUUUGGUAAAGGCAAACCCAAGCAGAGGCUGGAAAACCAAUGAGAAGCUCCGACAAUCGCAACUAGUUUAAUGUAUUUAUUGUUAGCCUAAAUAGAAAUAAACAAUCAUACAAAUCAAUUUGUUACAAAUAAACGUUUACU